AUGGACGUCGACUCAAGCAUGAUCGACCCGGCGCUGUCUGACUCCGCGAUGGACCGCAUGCCUCCCAAAAGGGCCAAGAGCCCAGCAAGCGACGAUGACGACCCAAUUGUUGCGUCGUACAACGUCUUCCUCAAGCCCUCGCUACCCGCCCACCGCAGGGUCAUGAUCCUCGAACACCCCAACAAGUCCGACGGCAAGAAAAUGGCCCGCGCCCCGCUCGAGAUCCGUAUGAAGACCAACACGGGCAUGGUCGAGGUGGACUACCCCAUCGACUACAACUCCUUCUACGACAGGUCCAAGGGCCUCAACUGGGGAACCCACCUGCAGAAGAGCACCGAGGCCAAAAAGGGCGGCACCCACGGUCUCGCCGGCGGCUUCGGCGUCGGUGCACCUCCGCCCCGCGCGAGGCCCGGGAGGCAGCAGGACGAGGUGUUCGACCCCACCACUGACUGGGCAGAGGCGCUGAGGAAGGACUACGUCUUGCGCACCCAGACCCUGGGCGGGCAGAUGCCAGACACGAGCCAGGAGUCCAAGUACAUGGUUGGGGUGUUCUCUGGCCCAAACCUUCACCUGACACCCGCAACGUCUCUCAUCCACCUUCGCCCACAGCUCCACCACAUCGACGCCACGACCGAGCAGGAGCGCCUCGCAGCCACACGCGGCGGCGCAGGCGGCGCAGGGGCCGCCGCCACCAAGGACGUCGCGCGCGCCAUCCACAUGACGGUGAAGCAGAACACGGACGGCAGCGAGGAGAUCGUGCAGGAGACGAUGGCGGACCGGCUCAAGAAGGUGCAGCUCGAGGCCUGGAAGAAGAUGCGCUACGUGCACGAGGAGGCCAGCGACUCGUGGGCCGUCGCCGAGGAGGCCCUGUUCCUGCACCAGCCCGAACCCCCCGCCGCGGACCAGGACGCCAGCAAGGGCAAGGCGCCCGAGGCCGACCCCGACCCGCUCAGCCAGCCCGGCCUGCCGGACCUGGUCGACAAGGUGGCGCAGCUACGGACCACGUGGGACGAGGACAGCAUGCUGGAGACGACGAGCGGCAUCGAGAGGUCGAAGAACGUCAAGAUCGAAAUAUCCGACGACGAACCAGCUGCCGGGCCGGCAUCCAAGGCGAAGGGAAAAGGCAAAGCCGUUGCGACGACCACCACCGCGAAGACCACAACCAGGGGGACGGGGUCAUGA